CCCAGUAGGACAUAAAUGGGCGAAAAGCCCUAAAUAUUAGUUCAGAGAAAAUGUCAGGACUUUCAGAAACUGAGCGGGUUGGCUUUAAAAUGAUACUGAGCUCAAUGACAGAAGCUGACUUACUGUCACUCAGCGACACGGUCACUAAUAAGAUGAUAGUUGUGGAAAACAUGACAGAGGCUAUGGAGACGAUCCUAAGCUUCUCCAAAAAUGCAGAAGAGCUCCUUAGAAGGCGGAAGGUUCACCGUGACCUCAUCUUUAGAUAUUUAGCCAAAGAAGGAGUGAUGAUGCCUCCAUCCAGCGAGAAGCACCAGUUGGUGAGGAGGACGCUGGAGCUGUGGUCAUCAGUCACGGUGGAUGAAACCAAGCAGCAUCAGCCCGAAACAUCGGAUUCCAAUGACAUAAACAGCAAGGUUGGCUUUGAUCCACUCACCCUGGGACAGCAGUUCUGUCAGUGGUUCUUUCAGAUCCUGAACAGUCAGAACCCUUCGCUGAGCCAACAGCCUCAAGAAUGGGGGCCACAGCAUUUCUGGCCAGAUGUGAAAUUACGCCUUCUCUCCAGAGCUACGACUGAGCAGAUGGAGGAGUUCCUGGGGGCUGAACUGGUCAGCCUCCGUCUCCUGGCCCUGACCAGCGCUGAGCGCCUCCUCUUCAGUCCCAACCUGGAUCUCAAUGGCCUAAGAGCCCUGGCCUCGCCCCAUGGCUUGGUGCUGGUGGGUGUGGCCGGGACCAUCCACAGAGAACAGACCUGUCUUGGGAUCUUUGAGCAAAUAUUCGGCCUUAUCCGUUCACCCCUGAAUGAAAACAGUUGGAAGAUAAAGUUUGUCAAUCUGAAGAUCAGAGGACAGGAUGCCAUCGGAGGGACAGAUUUAGCAGCACCUGCUUUGAACUACAACUCCAGUGAACUGCAGCUUCUUUGCAGCUGAUGGCAGCCAGGAUAAAGCUUUUAUAUUUUACACUAUUUUACCCAAGGAUGGUUUAACUGAUCAGACAUGCUUCACCUAAUAUACAGUUAUCUGACUUGCCUAAAACCUCUACAGAUAUAACUCCGAUCAGAUCCUUAGUGGAGGUUGGUAGGAGAACAGUGUUUUAGGCUAUUUAUUUUCUUUUUUAGUUCAACAUGAUGCAUGGCAAAGUUAUAAAUUCCUUUAAAGUAUUUUUACCAUUGCAGCUGUUCUGUUGCUCUUUUACUGGGAGAUUUUACCGAAUAAACUUUAUGUUGCAGCAAAUUAUGUUGUUCUUUAACAGUUUGUGCCUUAUGUAAAUUAUACUGUCGAUUUGGGCUUGGAUUUAUAUUUGUAAAUAUGUAAUAUAUGGAAAGAGCUGAGUUGUGUACAUUUAUACUGCAUCUACAAGGUCAUUAAAAAAGGAAUGACUAGUUUUUCCCUGAUGAUAACAUGAUGCCAGAUUAA